AUGCUUGCCUCCAAAGCUAUGGGUGACAUCUGCGGCAGAGAUGCAAAAGGAUGGAGUGCUCAUCAGGUUUUCUUCAUGUUGUCUUCCUCUAUGGGCCAUGAACAUGAGCAGAGAUUACAACUGCUUUCUCCACGAGCGCACACACAUGCACAAGUAGCAUCACAACCCAGGCUCCUCGCCGCAGUCCCAAGUCCAGUGAUUUACAAACCACCAUUACUGGGGGGUCCAAUUGGACCCAGCUCUGUGCCCACAGGCCCAACACCUACCACCUGCCCAACGCCCAUCUGCGGCGGGGAGGAUUUCAUGAAAAACUUCUCUAGCUUUGCAAUGAUGUGUUUCCCAUAUGUGUACUUGCGCAGAGAACUCAAAUGA